AUGGCUGAUCAAUUAAAGACCAUCGGGGCAGCGGCGUUCCGCGGAUCCAAGAGCUUGUCGAAGAAAGGGUAUUCGUACUACAAGGACAGAACUGGUGAACCAAGCAAGAGUCAUGAUGGUCCCGAACCAACAGAGACCGCUGAGUACAGGUUUAAACCGCUCCCCAGCAAGGACAAGCUUCAGUCGUUUCCAGAGCCACCGAAACGCAACGUCCAGACUCAUCAGAUCCUGAAACCGGGAGAAGCGUCAAAGUAUGCCCCGCCGUCUCAGCAAAGUGUUCCGCAGCCUCAACAGCCUCAACAGCAAGCAUAUCAGCCGCAAUAUCAGAAUCAACCUGUUGAGUCGGUGCCUGCCGUGGGUAACGCCCCUCCUCCUGCCUUGCCAACUCGGAAACCUUUGUCGAAUCAACCAACAACAAUGCCUCCGACUAGCCAGGGUGGUCUGUUUCCAGAACCUCAUGUCAACGCCCCUCCACCUUAUGAUAGUGGAGUCUCCUCCACCGCCUCCGCAACGUAUGAUUAUGGAGCAGCAGUGGAUGCAAAUCACCAUUCACAAACAGCCGCGAUACCUCACCUCCCCCCAAGAAGGCCGACCGCCGCUACGCCUGCUUCGCAAACGAACCCAUCUCCAAGCCAGGGUGCGAUACCCAAUCUUCCUCCAAGAAGGCUGCACCCUGGCACACCUUCUACUGAGACGACUAUUCAACAACCAAAUCUUCCUGCAAGGAGGCCAACUGUGCAGCCCGCGCAGGCUGAUCCCCCACCACCUCACAUUUCAAGCGUGAACUCUUCCUACUCCUACUCCUCCCCCUCCGCUGCCACCUCCUCCUCAUCGCUCGGUAUCCCGAUUGCAAAACCAGCUCCUCCCAAACCGGCAAAGAGACCAGAUGUAGAGAGAAACUCUCUGGCAAACUCCCAGAUUAGCGAGUUGGAGAGCAUUUUCAAAAAGAAAUUCAACACCAGUCCAUCAGAAGCUCCGCAGGGGAAAAAGAAGCCGCCGCCGCCCGUGGUCAAGGCUAAGCCGGCAGCUUUAGUUGCUAGUGCAGGAACAUUUCACAAUACGAACCAAAACCAGCCAGCACAAAGUCCAGCUUCAUCACAGCCAGCCGCUAUACCCUCAAGAACCAAUUUGGAGGAGGCUGGACCGGCACAAAGCCAGGGUCCCAAGCCAGCCUAUAGUCGGUCAAGGGCUCCCUUGCCGCCAGCAUCGCGGCCAGGGCCACCUCAACUUGACCUUGACUUGGGGUCAGGGUGGUUUUCCAGCCAAGGGCCGUUGCAGCUACCCCCUUCCCUACAGGGACUCAACUAUCAGACAUCCACAUCCAUAUCUUCUUCGCUCAACAACACCAGAAUUUUGACGCUCAGAUUGCAAGAUCUCUCGAUUUUGUCCUACAAGUUUGAAUGGCACACAAACAGGCCACAAGAUGCGCGGGUGUCGAUAGAGAAGUACGUUGAAAGCCCCCUCCAGGUUCCAGUCACAAAAGAGUAUCUAGUUGCUCAAAACCAGAAGUUCGGGGAAUACGUCGCGUCCUGGUGCGAGCAUAACCAGGGGAAGCAGGUUGGCAGCGGAGAGUGCUGGGAUUUGGCAAAAUUCGCUUUGGAAAAAGGUUGCGGAAAACACGCGUUUGUUUCUCAGUAUUACAUUCAUGGAUAUCCAAUCUACAAGCUCGGCAACGGGAACGCUAGUGCUCCUUUAGAUGACGUGAGACGUGGUGAUAUUUUACAGUUUAGGGAGUGCAAGUUUGUCUCUCCUAAUGGGGUCACUCAAACAGUCGGCAUGCCCGACCACACAAGCGUCGUUGUCGAUAGCUAUAACGGCACGUUGACGGUUCUUGAGCAAAACGUGAAUGGGGUCAGAAAAGUUGUGCAAGGACUGUACGUGUUGGCGAGUUUGAAAAGCGGCCAAGUUACGGUAUUCAGAGCCAUGCCUGCUGAGUGGGCUGGUGAUUUGUAA